GUGUGUGUGUGUGUGUGUGUGUGUGUGUGUGUGUGUGUGUGUGUGUGUGUGUGUGUGGGCGGAGCCUGUGAUUGGACAAGAGAAGUUGAACUUCAGUCUCUUCAGUUUAUUUUUCAGUUUCUGCCGACAAACUGAGGACAUUGUAACUCUUCGGAGUUGACAAACAUCAAACACUAUUCAGUGCCUCCUCGCUGGCCCUACAGUGUCCCCUGCAGCCAUGAGCAGCACUCCGAGGAGGUGGGUGCUGAAGCCUCUGUCCCCGCUGCUACAACCCUCAGACCUGCGCACCAUCACCAGCCCCGCCCAAAGCAACACCCCUGAUGAUGAGGUCUUCACCUUCGACAUCUCUGCGGCUCAUAGUCAUUCCCCUGUGGACAUCUCCUCACAGUACAGUGACGGGUCCACGGACGUGGUAGUUCUGGCACAGCAGGUUUCAGUGUCACAGGAUGGAGGGAGCACCAGCGAUGAGUGGUUUCCCAGCAGUCCCAGCAGUCCCAGCAGCAGCCUGGGCUCUCACAGUGGUUUCUACUCCUUUGUGGAGGAUCCCAUGAGUCCUGAGGCCGAGCUGAAUGAAGCCUGGAUGGUCUCGUCCCAACGGCAGACUCAGCUAGCAACCCUGAAGGAGGAGAAAGGAUUCAAACUACAGACCUACACCAGCAGCAGAAAGCCAGAGAGUCUGUUCUCAGAGAGCAAUGGAGACUCACAAUACAAAGUGGAUCUGAACAACGACAUCAAAGUGGUCCAGGAGGAAGAGGAGAGGCAACUUCGGAAGGAGAUCAUCCAGAGCCAAGCACCGAAGAAGAACCCGUCCUUCAAAGAUCAGCUGAGUGGCCUGAAGAAUCUGGAUCUGAGCAGAGCUACAAACAAACUGAUAGAAGGUUUCAGUUUGAGCUACAGUCCAGUCAGCUCCAGAACAGAACCCAUCCAUCCUGCUGAGCCAGGGACCAUCGACAAGGAGCAGAUCAACUUCAGUGCUGCCCGACAACAGUUCCUAAAGAUGGAGCAGGACCGGCUGAUGGCACUCCUCAACCCUCUGAGGUCCUCGAAAACACGCCUGAAUAUGUCUCUGCAGCCAGAUCCUGAUGUAUCCUUAUCACGGCAGGUGGAGAUGGACCACGACACGGAGAUGAGCAAAGAUACAACACUGUUUAAACCACCAGAAGUAGAUGAGACCAACCCAGAGAGGAAGGUGAAUGUGUAUUGGACUGAUGAAAGUCUCAGCCAGCAGAGCAGUGUGUUGAACGAACUGGACUCUGGCCUAGAAGAGUUGUCUGUGGAAGUGUGCAGUGGCUUCACCAAUGAUGAAGGUGUGUUCAAUAACAGCAGUCAACAAAAGAGGAAUGCCAAGUCCACAAGCGACUAUGAGACCCCGAUUGAAAGGGAGAUCCGGUUAGUUCAGGAACGUGAGGAGAACCUACGACGCUCACGGGGGCUGAAGCUGAGUGACAGCAAAGCAGAGAUGGUCGAGAUCAAAACCAAACGUUUACUGUCACCGCCCUCGACCAUCAGAGCCAAAGAGAAGAACCGAGUAAGCUUUAUUAUCCAGCAUGAGGUCCAGAAAGUCAACCAGAGGAAGGAGGAGCCUCAGGAGGGAGGGUACAGUCUAGAUCCUCCACAGAAACUGGAGGACAUAAAAAAAGAGUUUGACCAACAAGAUGGGGACAAGAGGACAAAAGAAAGACCUCAGUCUGAGUCUGGAAGUCUGGAAGUCUUACUAUCACCUUGCUGUCCUCAUCGACACCCUGAAGAAACCAAGUGGUACCUCAGUCAAAUGGGUUCAGCUCUAUCUUCCUUCUCUGUGAGUGACUCAGUCCAGGACACAAGACGUUUCCAACAACAGCAAAUGUCUUCUUCAUCUUCUCACUCCUCCUCUCCCUCAUCCCCAACACUGAAACCUCUGCAUGAAAUGACCUCAACCAUGCCUCAGUCCUGGAGGGAGAACCUAGAGUCCACUGGCCUGCAGUCCAGAGGACAAGGAGCUCCAGAUUUCAUUGAGAAAGAGAUUGAGGAGAAUUUGAGACGGGAGCAGGAGCUGAGGGAGAUGCGAGCAUCCAGGGAGGAGACUGAUGGACCGCUCUUCUCUCCAGCUCCUCUAGUGGACCAGGCAAGCAAGAUGGCCAUCAGACAGUUCUGCCCACCUGUAACCACAGAUAAAUUGCUCAGCGUCUCCUCUUCGUCUCCUCGUCCCUUCAUCCGUCAACCCUCUAUCACCCUUAUCACCGCUCAGCCCUGGACCUCCUCCUGCCGCCCCUCCUCUGGUCCUCCUCCCCACUCCUCUUCCUCCCCUCCUCCUCUUUUCUCCUCCUCCUCACCUCCUCCCCCUUUCUCCUCCUCACCUCCUCCACUCUCCUCCUCCUCCCCUGCGGCGGUCCGGUCCAUCCCACUCCGUCUCCGAGGUCUGUCAGAGACGCUGCUGCAGGACUUUGAGGAGAGACGAAUCCAGCUCAGUAUGCAGGAAUCCAACCAAUCGAUGCCGUGAACAAUGAGGUUGUUGAGUCGACUCGUGUAAUUCGACAUAAAAACCAGCGUGCUCUGCUCUGGGAGGCCGGAGUGUUCACCAACCAGGAGGAGAACCAGUACCAGGACAAUCACUGAGACCAGAACCAGUACCAGGACCGGAACAGGACCAGGACUGUUCGGUGAUUUUUGAAUGGCUUCAGAUUAAAAUGGUUUAAAGUAAAACAAUCCAAUGAAGAGCUCGCUCCUGAUUGGUCAUUUAAGAUGACAGCCCCUCUCCUCAUCCAAUCAGCUGCCAGUUGCUAAGUAGAUCUUCAAACACAGACGAUGAGUCAUAAAUAAAUGAAAAAAGUUUGAUCUGUAGUUUGUUUUCAUGAUUUAAGAAUAAAAAUAAUGUUUCAAAUGUUCUCAUGUUCGUAUUGAAGACGAUAACUUAUUUUUUUUAUUUUGAUAGUUUUGUUUUUACUUCCUGGUUGUUCAGAAAACAUUUUAUGUUCAGCAGAGAAGAA